UUUUCGACCACUCUCCGUAUGAAACCCUAUUUUGAAAAGUCGGUGUGUGAGUAACUGUAUGGAACGAAGUGUUGAAGAAUAUUUAAGGGUGGGGAGAGUCCCACUAUAGUUUUUUUCACUUCUCUUUAGAUAACAUUUUAAGGCUUGUGUGGAAAAGAUAGAAUAGGAAGAAAGGAAAUUCUUGUGUAAAGCUUUUUAUAUACGAAUUUUUCUUUAAUUUCUUUUUAGGUUACGUGAAAAUUGCUGACUUCGGUUUAUGCAAAGAAGGUAUGGGCUUUGGAGAUCGCACUGGAACAUUUUGCGGUACACCCGAAUUUUUAGCACCCGAAGUAUUGACUGAUACCUCUUACACACGUGCUGUAGAUUGGUGGGGUUUAGGUGUUUUAAUAUUUGAAAUGUUAGUGGGUGAGUCCCCUUUCCCUGGUGAUGAUGAAGAGGAAGUAUUUGAUUCGAUUGUCAACGAUGAAGUACGUUAUCCCCGCUUCUUAUCUUUAGAAGCUAUAGCCAUAAUGAGAAGGCUUCUAAGGAAAAAUCCCGAAAGACGCUUAGGUUCCUCGGAGCGUGACGCUGAAGACGUUAAGAAGCAAGCAUUUUUCCGUUCCAUUGUAUGGGACGAUUUACUCUUGCGUAAAGUUAAACCACCGUUCGUGCCCACAAUAACCCAUUUGGAAGGUGUUUCCAUUUUCGACACAGAAUUCACUUCGCAGAUAUCCCAACUAACACCGCCAGAGGAACCCCGUUUUUUGACUGAAGAAGAACAAAUGUUCUUUCAAGAUUUUACCUACACAGCAGACUGGUCUUAA